AGUCUUGCGCGUGACGCUGAAGACGCGUGUUCACAAUGCUCUGGAAAAAAUAACUCGUGCUCCGAGCUCUGAAAAAUACAAAUUAUGAGUCAUGGAAAAUGUGCGAUGCGAUUGAAAACAAUGACGUAUACUUAUUAAUGACUUGCACGCUCUGCUUAAAAAUGACAAAUGAAAGAUUACACGUAAAGGGAAUUAUUGUUAGUGACCUUUACCGAGCCGGUUGUCUAAUUUUUCAGUUGGCCAACGUGUAUAUCAUAAAACGUGUGUAUUUGUAAGUGGGGACGUGUACACGCUAAGAGUGAUCGUGCGUGUGAGGACUGUGAAUCUCUCCGGCGGAACAGUGCUCCGAAACGCGGCUCUCGACAUCACGAUGGUGAGCUGAGGUGAUACACAGGCAAUGGCAAAAAUCGCGAGAGGAUCCGACUCGGUACCCAUGGUUUUUGUGUGCGAGCAUUGCACCAACCAGACAUUCAAGCAAAUUCAAGACUUCGUUAGGCACCUAAGAGAUCAACAUUGUUCCAGAGAAGGUGGAUCCUUCGUAUGUCUCUAUGGCUACAAUGAGGUGUGCACUAGUCUUCCUGUGGAAGGUGUCUCUGAUAAGGAUUAUAUAGCACACGCCACCAAACACGCAGUUAUGCAACAGCAACGUAAAAGCAACGGCCAGUUAUCCGAGAUCGGAUCAUCGUGGACCGUCUAUUCGGCUGCGCAAAAUCUACCUGCUGUCCUAAACGAUCCCUUCAAAGGGAAGCAGAGUAAUUUUUUAACACGUACCUGGGGCGAUGGAUUUGUGGAGAAAGUGGACAUUCCAAAGAGUCCUUACCUUCCUGAAAUCACAAUGCAACAUUUCGAGACAUAUUUAAAAAAGAUUGCAAGGAGAUAUCGAAAACAUUCGCGUAUGAAUUCCAGCGCAAAUAGGCCAUCUACUCCGAAUGAAUUACUCCAAAAUUUUCCGAAUCUUAGGAAGGUAAAAUCAUUAGAUCGGCUGCAAUUUGAUUUAGCUAGUAUUCCAAAGAUCUUUUUAGUGCCGAAUUUAGAUCUUUCACAAAAAGACAAUUUUGACGCUGUGUUUCCGUUUGCAAAAGACGGUCUUUUAACCGAGGAAUACAAUAUUGUUUUGCAUGUGAAGCAAAUGCAAGAAAAGCUGAGUCACUAUCUAGACAUUGUGGAAGUCCGAAUAGCGGAGCAAGUCGCGUCGAAAUCUCAAGCUUUUUUCCAUGCAAUGACAUCUCAUGACGCGCUUAUGGAACAACUCACUCAAACCAUUACGGUUCUGAAAGCCCUCAGGAAAAAUAUUCAUCAAGUCGAUAAGCAUCUAGUCAAAAAUUCUCUAGAAAUUUUACGCCUGGAACGUGCUAGGUCUAACAGAUUAUUAGUACAAGAGAAAUUAAAACUUAUGGCAACCGUGCAUCAAAGCCAACCCAUGAUACAAUUACUGUUAUCUACGCCAGAUUACGUUGCGGCAUUAGACCUUAUCUCCACGACGCAAGAAAUUCUCUUGCAGGAAUUAAACGGAAUACAUAGCUUUAGACAUUUAAGUUCUCAAUUAACUGAAAUGGAGAAACUCGUGGACAAGAUGCUGUCGACUGAGUUUCAAAGGUACGCGACAGCUGACCUCAAUAGACCUUUGGGUGGCGAGAAUACUGUUUUAGACGGUGAUAAACUGGUUUCCAUCAUUUCUGGUCUGCUACGUCAAAAGCAUUUUCAAUUUGUGGAUACGUACAAAGAGGAAGCUGUGACCACUGUAAGAGCCUUAACGAAGCAACGGGUGAUAGAAGCUCUGGCAGCGAGCGACUGUUGUAGCGAUCAGCAAGCGGCAGCUCUCGAAGUCGGGGGACUCUCUUUGACGGAAAGAUUAACUUUGCUCCAUAGUACUAUACAAUCUUUUACAUCACUUCUAUUACGAGUUAAGGCAGUUCAUGAUGUCAUGAGAGACACAGCGGACUUGUCAGCUGGAUGUUUAUGCGACGGCUCGUUUGACGAAUCAGUACCUGAUCGAUUACUGACUCAAGAAGAGCAUACGCGGGUAAUUAACAAGCUUACUGACAUGAUUACCUCUGUAUGUGAUUAUUGCCACGAGCGAAUGGGCAAUCUACUUUCGGCGGGGACAAACGAGAAGGAUAAACUUCACAACGACAAGAUUAUUGCUGAUGCCUCGCAGAAUAAAUUAGAGGAAAAUAAAGAAAGUCAAACGUGGAACGAUAAGGGUUCUUGGUUGAGCGAGAAAGCAACAACCGCUCAGGUUUGUCAAUUGGCCAAUAUGGUCGAAGAAUUUACAUACACUUGCGAGAAACUCUGCGGCAAACAAUGUACGGCGUUACGAUCGGCAUUUAAGGCACAAGCGAGUAAAUUUGUACAACGUUUUCAUAAUGAACGCAAAAUUAAAUUAACGCUGUUACUGGAAUCGGAAAGAUGGAAACAAGCUGACGUACCGUUAGAAUUUCAAUCGCUAGUGACAUAUGUAUACGAGAACAAGUGCUUUCCGCUUAAAAUAUUUACGCGCGAGGAUGGCAUGAGAAAUGAAGGUGUAGAAAAUUUUAUCAUGGUCGGUGAUGAGAAAUUUGCCGUUGUUGGUACUGCUCUGAUGCUUAUACAGAUGAUACACGAGUAUUGCAGGACCGGUAGUGAAUUGGUCGCCUUAUCUGGAACCAUAGGAAGACAACUAGCCGAAUUAUUGAGACAUUAUAAUUCUCGAUGUUGUCAAUUGGUUUUGGGUGCGGGCGCAAUGCAAGUCGCAGGCUUAAAAACCAUCACAAGUACGAUACUUGUGUUGGCGGCGCGAAGUCUCAAGCUUAUAUUGUGGUUUAUGCCCUUUGCCAAGACACAUUUCCAAACACUCACAGAACAAAAUCCUAGUCGAGGAUUCAUUGGCACAUCCGGUAUAAGUGGAGGGGUGGCUUUGUUAGAUAGCGUUGAAAGGGACAUCCGCGCGCAUGUACGUGAGAUUGAAGGGAAAAUUCUCACUAUCGUAGACAAUUUGCUGGGAGGACAAAUAUCCAAAUGGACAGCAAAACCUCCGGUGCCAUCUAAAUCUUUUAAAAAUAUUUCUAGUUACCUAAUGAAGCUUCACGAAGCUGUCUCUGGAAUUUUGCCUAUUGUCGAAGUACAAUCUCUUUACCGUACGGUAAAUUCAUCAUUCAAGGAGAAACUUAGGGAGCAAUUGGUUAAAAUGAAUAUAGUAAACAAUGGUGGCCCGCAACAUGGCGUGGUCACGUCGGAACUCACAUUUUAUCUCGAAGCUUUGAGAAAAUUGCAAGUACUACCGAGCGAAGAGUUAAACGACGAUUGGAUGAGUGACAUAUGGACUAGAUAACAUGCAGAGCGCGUGAUAUACUGCAUUAUAGAAGCAAUGAAAUAUUAUAGAAAAAGGUGACUAAUCUCUGUGACACACGUUCGUCUUCCUUGUAUCACUAGUUAAUAUAUGAAACAUAAAGCAUAUGAUAUCAACGUUCACCGAUUGCCCGAUAAAUUUUAUAAAAGAAAUAUUACUUGCAAUGGAUUUAUGAUUCAUAAUAUUAUGAAAACUUUGAAUAAUUAAUGCUAAAUAACAUGAUACAUAUGUGCUGACAAAUCGCGAUACAGUUUCAUUAGUUUGAUAUAAGGAGAACAACAAACACGAUGUUUCUAUAAAUAUAGAACAUUUAAUAUUAAAAAAGUGAAUUUUUCACACAA